AUGGACAAAAUUAGGCACGGCCAUGAUGGUGACGGAAGUAUCCGAAAAAACGAGAACAAAUGUCAGACUCUUGUGUGCAAAGGACUAUCGGCGUGUGGCGUCGUCGGACCCCAGGGUCUGUGUGGAUUACCGGACGCACGGCCCUUGGAUCAUCCCAAAGGACCGGACCAUGACCCGGAUUUUGGCCAGAUGAACCGGGAAUUCCGGGACAAUAUUAGAAGCAGACAUUACGAAGAAUGGGAUUGA